AUGACACCUUCUGAAGUCUAUCAUGUUUUUCCUUUUAAAGUUGAGUAUGAAGGACCUUGUUCAUGGAGAGAUUAUUUACAAAUUGAAGAAAAAACAUCAGAGAAUGACCCUUCAGUGGUAAAAUACACAACGUUUAGAGGAAAGCUAUUACUUGGAAGAAGUUUAAAAUUUUGUAAGGAUCUUAUUUUUAUUUAUAACGCAGAAAAGGAUGUAAAAAUGCCGAUAAAUGAAAUUAUUUUUUGGAGUUAUUUUGAUGGAGAAGCUCAUCAUCCACUGAAAGAUGAAUUGUUACAACCAAUGUACAGAAAUUAUGUUGAUCCAGGUUCAUCAAUACUUAAAUCAAAAAAAAAUAGUACAAUUGAAAGUAAAGAUUUUAUCACUGAUAUAGCUAAUUGCUUGACAAUUAAUUUUUAA